AUGGCAAAUGAAUUUCGUGUUAAACGUGCAUAUGUCGAGGCUUGUGAAGAGGACUGGUUGAACAGACCUUGGUCGAAAAAUCAUACUAGCUAUAAUAGUUCGAAAGUAUUGAAUAACAUUGCAGAUGGUAGAAGAUAUCUACAAGGCUUAGGAUAUAUUCUAAACUUAAAUAAUGCUGAUGGAUGGAAUACAUUUGAAAGAACAUUAUGUUUCAAUAUUGAACUUAGUGGUCCCAGUGCAACAGAGUUCAAGCAAUUGGAAUUCAAGCUCCACGGCAAAAAUGGCACAUCAACCUAUUUACUUGUAGCAACAAAUGUCGAUUAUUGCAAUAAAGUUACAGUGUGUUAUGCAUAUCAUCACAUUGAUGAACAUAUUCAGGAUAAUGCCGUGUUUACUAUGCAUGCAGCUGAUAUGACGCUUCAUUGGCUUAGAGCAAAGUCGUGCGAGAGUUUAGCAGCUAUUUUACCGCGGAAUGUGGCACCACGACUGAUUUAUGAAUAG